AAACACCCCAUGCAGUUUACAGCCUGUGUGGGGAACAGUCUUGCCGGGAUGACUUGAGUUCACAAAACAGGUUGCUUGAAAAUGUGUUUUUUAUUUCCCCCGCCAGGCCGGCCUGCGAUGUUUUCAGCUGCGGCCAAGAUGGGGGGCGUCACAGCUUUGCCUUGAGAAAGAUCCUGACCCUGAAUUAGCGAGAGGAAACUUCUUUCCAGCGAGGGUGGGAAGGGUUUGCCUGGGGCUGGCAUGCGUUCCGGAGAUCCCGGCCACAAAAAGAUCGCUCCUGAGCCCAGCCACUCGGUCGUCCCCUUCCAAACAUUCCUCCCUCUUCCACCAUGGCGUUUGCCGACCUACUUGAGAAGAUCGGGGGCAUGGGCCGCUUCCAGGUCCUGCAGGUGGCCUUGCUGGUGACUCCCGUCUUGCUGGUCGCCAGCCACAACCUGCUGCAGAACUUCUCCGCGGCCAUCCCGGACCACCACUGCCGGAUCCGGCUGACCGGCAACGCCACCAACCCUGGCCAUGCAAACAGAACUACUCAAAAGCCAGGGACGGAGGAGGACCUCCUGUGGAUCUACAUCCCCAAAGACGUGGCUGGGAAACCGGAGAAGUGUCGCCGGUUUGUUACCCCCCGCUGGCAUCUCCUCAAUUCCAGCGCCGACGACAGCCACAAUGUGACACAGAUGGACACCGAGCCGUGCCACGAUGGGUGGAUCUACGACAACAGCGUUUUCGUCAACACUAUCAUCAUGGAGUGGGAUCUGGUGUGUAACCUGCGGACCCGGAGACAGAUGGCACAGUCCAUUUACAUGGGGGGAGUCCUGGUGGGUGCUCUCCUGUUUGGGAGCUUAGCUGACAGAUUUGGGCGCAAACCAGUUUUAAGCUGGUCCUACCUGCAGAUGGCCGUUGCGGGACUGUGCACAGCUUUCUCCCCGAAUCUCACAGCCUACUGCGUCUUCCGCUUCCUGGUUGGCAUGUCGUACUCUGGGAUUAUCCUGAACUGCAUGUCCUUAGUCCUCGAGUGGGUACCAACCAAAGUGCGCACGAUUGCUGGGACUGUGGUGGGAUAUUCUGCAACCGCCGGGCAAAUCAUCCUUCCUGGACUGGCCUACGCCCUCCCAGACUGGCGCUGGCUCCAGUUCGCUGUUUCAGUGCCCUUUCUCGCCUUCUUUGUCUACUCCUGGUGGUUUGCAGAAUCCGCACGGUGGUUAAUACUCUCGAACCGACUGGAACAGGCUGUGAAAGUUCUUAAGAGGGUAGCACAGAUCAACAGGAAAAUGGAAGAGGGAGAGAAACUCAGCACAGAGGUCUUAAAAUCUAGCAUGCAGAAAGAAUUGUCUCUGGCACGAUCAUCCUACACAGCCGUCAGCUUAGUUCGUACACCCACCGUGCGCCGGAUCUCCUGUUGUAUUUCUAGUGUCUGGUUUGCCACUAGUUUCGCUUACUACGGCCUCGUCAUGGACCUCCAGAACUUUGGCUUCAGCAUCUACCUGAUCCAGGUGGCGUUUGGCUGCAUCGACAUCCCAGCCAAACUGGGUGCCGCCAUCGGGAUGAGCUACAUCGGGCGGAGAACCACACAGGCCUCUUCCGUCAUCAUGGCUGGCUUAGCCAUCCUGGCCAAUCUAUUUGUGCCCCAAGAUCUAUACACCUUGAGGACGUCCCUGGCAGUGCUUGGAAAAGGGUGCUUGGCUUCAUCCUUUAAUUGCCUCUAUCUCUACACAGGCGAGCUCUACCCAACCGUGAUCAGACAGACCGGGAUGGGGCUAGGAAGCACCCUGGCUCGUGUGGGGGGCAUAGUGGCGCCGAUGGUAAAAAUGACCGGGGAAUAUUUUCCAUACCUCCCACCUCUCAUAUACGGGACAGCCCCAAUUCUGUCUGGGAUUGCCGCUUUCUUCCUGCCAGAGACACGCAACAGGCCGCUCUCGGAUACCAUCGAAGAAGUUGAGAGUGGGCAGAUGCCGGAGCAACAUCUCCCUACCAAGGACCAUGAGCAGGUUUUGCUGCAGAAGGUGGGCCAGGAGAUUCCCCAGGAACCUGGACUGUGCUAAGAUGGGGGCAGACGAAGCCGCUGACCAUCUGCUGGGAAUCGCCAUGCCUUGAGCAUCCUCUGGAGGAAGGGAA